AUGUUGCAGCUCGUGCCCCUGGCGUUGUUGGCAUGGCUGAUCCCUUCCCAAGCGGCCACGGAAUGCCAAGACGAGGGGCAAGUGGGUCUGAUGCAGCUGAAGACGUCACCUACUUUGUCGCAGUCCGCAACAAGGUUGGACCAUGAAGCAGGCAUGCAUUCACGCUGGGGACACGCCUCCCCAACAACGCCGGAGAAGGAACCGGAAGGAACAACCCCCGCGGACACUGUGCGCCGGUUUUGCAACGCCACUGCCCUUCUGGACAUGCAUGGAGCCUUGCAGAAUGGUGGAAAUGAUGCCCAGUCUGAAAUGGAAGCGACCUUGAUUGAGUCCGUUGCGAAGACUGUCGAGGUGAACAACGUUGAAAAAGUUGCACGCGACAUGUUCACUAUGUACAUUUGUGUCCGCUGGGUGCCUGACUCCGUCUUUUGGCAUUUAGCUCGGCAAGAGCUAGCAGCAGACCUCCUGGAUGCUGUUGUUGACAAUGAGCAAAAGAUAGAGCAGGCCAUCGCAGAGCUUUACCAGAAGUACAAGUUUGUGCCUCUACUUUGCUCGGAGAACAUCAAUGUUUUCGACCAGAAAGAUCCGCAGGACCACACUUACUUCAAGACCUUUGAACGGAAAAUGGGGGGGUUGGCGACGUGGCUGCGUGAACAUGGGAAUGGCACAGUGGCACGUAAGCUGGCAUCGGCAGAUGAGAUUUUCUGCGGGUCGGCCAACAUGAACGACCCGUCCUGUGGCCGCCAGCAGAAGUUCGAUGAAUGGAUGAGCAGCAUGACCAGUGCCUUUGGGUCUUGGCAUUGGGACGCCAAGAGCAGCGAGGAAAAGUGGAGCGCGAUGGCUUCCAUCUUCAAAUCCUUCGGCAGUGAUGCGCCGGACGGGGCUCCCGAUUGGAACAAGGACAUGGUGUCCUGGAAGCGCAACUUCCCUUACUACAGCUUCGUGAGCAAGGACUCCGGGAUGCCCUCGGCGUCAUCGCCGUCCUCCAGCCAACGCUUCUUGGCCUGCUUCGGGAAGCGCGUGGCAAGUGAGCUCCACCGCAGGCCUUCGGGACGUUACGUUCUGACCGACCAGAACAACUUGGGUUGCCAUGGCUUCUGGGAUGCCGAGGAGCUCAGUGACAUGCUGCGCAGGACUGUGAACUUAUGGCGACCUCCCACCUGCCAGAUGGCACUGAUGACCUAUGACAUCAAGCGCAAGAUUUUGCUCAUGUACUCCCAAAUGAGCAAGACCUUGUUCAAAGCCUUGCCGUCCAUGGUGAAUGACGAGGAGUUGAACGACAAAGGUCUCUUGAGCUCAGCUGUUCAAGGUCCAGCACCUUUUGACCCAAGCCGCGUGAGCGAGAACGGUGUCAACUACGUCGACGGCAUGCGCGUCAAGGCAAAGGCCGACCUGCGCUGGCCGGUGGGGUGUGAAGAGAGCUGGUUCUCAAGCACCAACGGCUGUGACUUUCAUAUCGUUCAGGGAGAAUACGGCACCGUGGAGAACACCCAGGGCAAGUUAGCCGUGGUGUGGGACCAAGAUGAGAAGUCACAGCGGAGAGUCGUUGAAGGGAAGGACGUCGAUGUGGUUCCUCGAGACUGGGGUCCCUCUAAGACACUUUCCUCCCGGGCCUGGGACAUGGUCUCGGGCAUCGGCAGUAGCAUUUCAAGCACGGCUGAGGGCCUUGUUGCGUCCUUGUACACCCCUCGGCAGACCGGCUUGGCGAACUUGUUCAGCAGUUCCGUCUCAAAGUGGGUCGUCUGCCCCAUCCGCAACGACGCAGACCUGGAGGCACUGGACAACCAGCUUGGCGUCGAAGACGCCGCGCUGCAGGACUUGCAAGAAGAGGCGUACUCUUCCUGGACAGGCCACAAAGCAAAGGUUCCUGGCGAGAGCUGCUCCGAACCCACUUUUGAUGCCUCGCAGUUCCCCAAGAGUCAGGUCUGCGAAAUCUCUGAGCUGCAUGCCGAUCACCCGGAGAAGUACACGGAGAAUGGAGUUGCAGAUCCAUUCCUCUGUCCGGCAAAGGCUCUUCUGCCCGCCAGCGAACAGCUUGAGGAAGUCAGGACAAUGUUCCUGCACAUGACCCCGCAGCAGCUGAGACAUUACCAGUGGAAGUACAACGGCGACUUUCCCGCAAGGAGGCAGUACGAGCGCAAGCCGAACUUGCCCCAAGUGGAGUAUGAGCUCGUCAAGCUCCUAAGGGUCCCGCAGAGUGGCGAGGUGUCGUUUGCGCGCACCUGUAGCCCAGAAGAGAUGCAGCACAGCCCUCGCUUCUGCCGCGCAACGCGCUUCCACAACAAGUGGUCCACCAUGACGGAAAUUGCGAGCACACUUGGCUCAGCGGCUGCUGGCUCGGUGGCAAUGGGCACAGCCUCAAUCACCAUGACACUCAGCUCCUACGGAAAGAUCCUGAGCCAGGGGGGCUCGGCAGGGGACAAGGCGAAAGAGGCCGCCACGUACCUCGGUGAAGAUCUCUGGGACAGCCUGACAGGAGCCGGCCGCCUCAUCUCCUCCACCGCAACCUCGGCCGUGAACUCGGUGGCUUAUGAACUUCCCGGCAGCAAGCAGCGGCAGCAGCGCAUGGAAGAGCAGAUCUUCCAGACUGCCGAGGAGCGCUAUCAGCGCUACGUCGUCACGAUGCCAUGUGAAGACUUCGACCCUGCCUUGGAGUUCUCUACGAAGCAGCUCUGGAAGAUGAUCAAGUCUGCCUAUGAGAAUGGCGUGAAGGAUGCCCUGAGUUCUCCUGUGCCGAAGCUCACACUCCGCGGGGAGGGCCGCUUGUUCGUACGAGACAACUCCAAAAAGGCGGAUUCGCAGUGGCUCACUUAUGGCGCCUCCGUAACCACGCAAGGCGCUUCGGGCGAUGCCCUGGCAACAUGCAGCACCCAAAGUUGGUGGUCCUGCAGCGGCCAGUGUGAAGCAUCAGGCUUCAGCUGCGUUCCUAAGGACAAGGUCUCCGCCAACGGCUUUUGGCGAACGGCGGAUCCGACGCUCAUCUCCACCGUUGCCCCAAGCUCCCUCCCGACCUCCAGCGAUACCGGGGUCUACGGCAUCUCCGUGUCCCUCUACUGUGGCCCCAAGAAGUCCUUUCGAGACGACGACUCUGGGCCAUCUUCAGGCUCCCUCUUGACCUGCUUGGAGGAGGGUGUGAAAAGCAACGCGCAGAUCCGCGCGGCGUCGCCUUGGAAGCUGUAUUUCCCGGAUGAGGCUAGGGGGCGUUGCUCUGUACAGUGGUCUUCUGGAUGA